CUUUAAACUUUUUCUAUCGGGUAAACAAAGAAAACGUUUCAAGCGUGCAAAGCGAGAGAGCGUCUCACUCAAAGCAAAUGAACUUGACAAAUUCUUCGACUUUUGAAAACUGGUUUUUAAUCAAUACGCGCAUUGUAUUCGCAUGCAGUUAGUUGGCAUUAGUAUCUGCUGUGCGCAUAUAAUAUCUGCUCAGUUAAUUUACUGCUGCCGGUGUCUUCGGUGAGCUAAACAAAUUAAGCGCGGAAAGUGUUGAGAAGCAAGACUUACGCUAAGAACGGCUUGAUACUUUUAAAGAAAAUAAGUGCAAAAAAAUGAUGAAGUGUUUGAACUUAAGUGUGGUGCUUAUCCUCCUGGCAGCUUUGUGCACAGCUGAGGAUCACAAUCCACCAGAAAUUAUUUUAUAUGAGGGUGAUGCCUGCGUAACCAGCAACUAUGAUGGCAAAUGUUUGAUUGAGAAACAAUGUCCUAAUUUAGAGACAAUUAUGACUCAUAGAGGCUUAUACGCCAGAGAUGUAGGGCACUGUGGCUAUACAGUUUACGAGGAAAUUAUUUGUUGCCCUGAAGAUAUUAUAGAUCGCCCGCUGUCGAGAAAAUAUUUUCAUUCCAGCGAAACUGUACGGACAACCAUUACAUUAAUUAUCACCUCGACGCAAAUAGUGCAAACUGAGAAAAUCGGUGAAGAAUUAGUGUUUAGUAAUUUCUCUAUGAACGCCAAUGAACAUUAAGUAUGUAAUUAGUAUUAGCAUCACAUUUCGUAAAGUAAACACUUAUUCACAUACAUACAUACUUACAUACAUACAUACGAACAAAUCGAACUAUUCGUAAUGUAAUGUAGGGGCCCUGUGUGGGGUUUUCACAAUAGCUUCAUUAGACCGUUAAAUUUUCUCAUAGUGAUCAUCAAAUUUAAACGAAACUACUCUACGUUUAGCUCCUAAUUAUAAGUUUAGCUUUAAGAUAUCUGUUUCUAGGCUUCUAGUUUUCGAUUUAAUAG